AUGGAUGAAGGCGAGCAUUUCUGCAAUAUUUGCGGAGGGCCGCUGUCCACGAACUUCGUGCAGCAUUCUACCUAUGACCCGCGUCUUACCACCGCAAAGAAUAUUGAGUGGCUCAACUUGACUAGGAUCGUGUGCGCUAAUAUUCAUGAUGGAGAGGACUUAGAGGAAGAGGGUGCAUACUACGUUAGUACGAUGGGAACAUACGAAUACGAGCCAUCCCGUAUCUUUCGAACAAAUAUAAAUGGCCAUGAAAAUGAACUCGAGUUCGCUGCGUGGGAUGAGGGAUUCGUCGUACAUAAUGCGUGCUUUAUGAUGCUUCAUGAAAUGGGAAUGAGGGAUAAGUACAUGACCACCCUGGGACGCGAGAUAUUUCUCCGGAUGGAAAUGCGCAAGUGCAUGAGCAAUGACGCCGUCAUCAACUGGGGUGAUUGCUACUAUGGCGGCGCCGGGCAAUUCCAAGGACAUAGGUGGAUGGCCCUCGAUGGAUACGAGUGGCUUGUUACAGACCCCAACUAUGAACCGGACUUCUCUCAGCUCCUGGAAGAGGCAAGGCGCGACGGUCCAGAGGAGAUCAAUGCAGAAUUAUGGGACGAAGCAAAAGAUUGUAAAUCCGUUGAUCCAUUCUGGCGCUUCCCAGUUGAACUGCGUCAAAGUAUUCUACACCUCCUCACAGCUGAAUCGCUCUUUGAUGUCCUGCGGGCGAGCCCGGCGUUCUGUAUAGCUAGCACCUCACUCCCAAACGAGUACUGGCACUCCGUAAUUGAGGGCAGGAUGCCCUGGAUCGAACACACCGCGCUCAACAAGCUGCUGACCGAGACUGAAGAUCCGAUUGACUAUAAGAUUCUCGCAGUGCGGCUGAUCGAGGUUACUGUCACUCCUGAUGAUAGGAACGGAUCAUGGGAUGAGUAUCUAGGCUUGCAGAACCGGCGUAGAAUUAUGAUGUGCAUUGAUCGGAUUCUUGAUGACAUUGAAGAUUCUGUUGCAAGCCAAGACAAUCAUGAAGGUGUCUCAACACAGAUACUAGGCCUCUCCAGCUUUCGAGCGGUGACGUUCUCCUGGGAUGCUUCAAUUGCUAAGAAAUAUACAGAUGUCUAUAUCAGACCUGUGAUUGAAAAUCCGCCCAGUCCUAAGAAUGUCAAAGUGUAUUUUGGCGCGGACGGCGGCACGGUUGGUAUCGAAUUCUUACUGGAAGGAGAUAAAUCUGGUCGCCUCGUAGGUCAUCAAACCAACUCGCUGCAAAGUGUGUCGUUUCCAAAGGAUAUGGUUAUAAACGGCUUCGUCAUAUCGCUCGGUCCGAUGCUUGAGUCCCACACGAACUAUAAGAUACACGGCCUCGCAAUAUUAACAGAUGGCAACUAUCACCGUCCCUAUGCCAGGUUCGGUCGUUGGACCAAUAAAGACAUCGUUCAUGUCUUAUGCGCAAGGACUAUCGAAACGUUGGUUGGUUUCAGUGCGCAAUACACCAAAGACUAUAUCUCCCAAUUCGGUAUAAUCGUCGCGGAUCUAGCUACAGCCUCUCCGGGAUUCGUGUGGGAUAUGGAAGGAGAUCUAUUGGCGACCACUCGCUGGAUCGGCAUUUGGCCAUCGCCCGACAACGAGCCUGCGAGACUUAUGCCGAGCCUGAAGCAACUCAACAUUAGGAGGGCCCAGACUGCCGUACAGUUCCUCGACUUCCGUUCCCGUAUACUCGACAGCAUCACAGCAUUCUUUCCCUUCGGCCAAGGAAAAGCAAUCGGCGGCUUGCUCUUCAGGUUUAGUGACGGAACUCGACAAUUAGUCGGUAAAUCUGGGAAUGAUAGAUCUAUCUCGCAAUGCACAUGUAAUACAAUUACUUUUAACCCGGGUAAUGAGCAGAGAAUCACCGGCGUGGCUAUUAACUGCACUGAUAAACGUCUGGGAUACACGGAGCCUUGUGGAGUAAGCAGCAUCGUGUUCAUCACUGAGCCGAGAUGGAAGAAUAUGAUACUGGGAUAUCGAGGGUUCCUGUCUCCGGGCGGCUACGAGCUCUUCAAGGGCCGAUAUGAAUACUACGAGAAGGAGCGUAUCGCGGUCGGAAUGCAGUUCGUUUUCGAACAGGGGGUGAUCACUCAGCUAGGCCUCGUGCACUAG